AUGGGUAAGACAUCCAAGGAUAAACGUGACAUCUACUACCGCAAGGCCAAGCAGCAGGGCUACCGCGCGCGCUCGGCCUUCAAGCUGCUGCAGCUGGAUGACAAGUUCGGGCUGCUGCGCGGCGCCACCCGCGUCGUGGACCUGUGCGCGGCCCCCGGCGGCUGGAGCCAGGUGAUCGCAGAGCGCGUGCCCAAGGACAGCACCAUCAUCGCCGUGGACCUCAUGGAGAUGGCGCCGCUGGACGGCGUCGUGCAGCUGCAGGGCGACAUCACGCACAAGGCCACGGCCGACGAGAUCGUGGCGCAGUUCCAAGGCCAGAAGGCGCAGGUCGUCGUGAGCGACGGCGCCCCCGACGUGCUCGGGCUGCACGACCUGGACGAGUAUCUGCAGGCGCAGCUCGUGCUGGCGGGACUCAACAUCAGCCUGCAGAUCCUGGAGGACGGCGGCACCUUCGUGGCCAAGCUCUUCCGAGGCAAGGAGGUGUCGCUGCUGUAUGCCCAGCUGCGCCGCUUCUUCAGCAAGGUCACGUGCGCCAAGCCCAAGACCAGUCGCAACUCGAGCUUCGAGUCGUUCGUCGUGUGCCAGGAUUUCCAUCUGCCCGAGGGAUUCGUUCCGGACAUGGAGCGGAACUUGCUGGACUUGCGCUACGUCGAGGACGCGGACGACGCUGACGACUGGCACACCAGCAACGUAUCAGCGGAGCGCGGCGUCUGCGUGGAUGUCGUCUUCCUGGGCGCUGGCGAUGUGUUCGGUUACGAUGCCGACCAGUCGUACCCGCUCGACGAAGGCGAGGGAAGCGAUGCCGCGCAGGGCGACGCGGCCAAGUAUGUCCAUCAGGAGCCUCUGCAGAAGCCGAUCAACCCGCCGUACGCAAAUGCUCUCAAGAAGCAGCAGUGCAAGCAAUAG